UUUGACUGACCUAUGUAUAAGACUAAGAAAUUCUACAUUUUUAAAGUAACUGCGAAAUCAUGUGAAAAAAAAAAGAAAAUGUUCUUUUCUUAUUUAGAUACAAAAUAGAUCUAUAGAUCUAGAUAUAGAUAUGUUCUGGCCACAUAGACCUAGACAUCUAUAUAUAGAUCUAUAUAGAUAUUUAAUUUGACCAGAUAAUCCAGAUUUAGAAUAUUUGUUUCGCUUCAAAUCAAUAAAACCUAAACAUUACAAGUUUUUAAUGUAUUUUAGCAAUGGCCGCUUCAGUUGCAGCUACCUUACCUGAAGAUGAUGAAGAUUGGUUAUACGGAGAUGAAAAGGAGAAGAAGAAUGAACCAGCACAGAUUAAUAAUAGCUUUGUAAUAAAAAAAGAGGUUGACAUAGAGGCUGGUGAACUAGAGAGUGGUGAUGGCAGUGAACUUCAAACUAAAGAGCCUGAAGAAAUUGCGGCUGAACCAGUCCCUGUGACUGAGAAUGGGAACAAUGGUGUGGAGGAGGAUGAAGACGAUGAGGAGGAUGAUGAUGAUGACAAUGUGCAAGUUACUAUCGGAGAUAUUAGAACUUGGACUGGUGCUGACACUACACCUAGAAACUUGUUUAAAAGUGGACAAAAUUAUCAAAAGGCUGGAGCUGCUGUUCCCACAAAGCCUGCCCCUGCCACAAAAGGGCUGGACAUUGAAGCAGUGGGAACUAUCAACGGCACACCUGUAUAUGACUUUGAUCUGAACUCCUUAAGUACAGAUGAGAUGCCUUGGAGGAAACCAGGUGCUGAUAUAACUGAUUACUUCAACUAUGGCUUUACUGAAGAAACAUGGAAAGCAUAUUGUGAGAAGCAAAAGCUUCUUCGUACUGAAACAACUGGAGGGAUAGCUGUCCUCUCUCACUCAGUCUCUAGACAUAGCAAUUCACUUGUUUCACAUUCAGACAAACUUACACCUCCAUCUGUGACUCAAAGCUCAGCCAUAUCAACCAUCAGUAGCAUCAACUCUAACAGCAAUCAGAACAUUAUCACAAUAGGUGUCAUUGGCGGCAGCUCUAGUCGGCGUAAAGACGAUUCCAGCCAUGAGCAACCUAUUCCAGUUUCAUCAACUUAUAACCGAAGUAUACCAAUGAAUUUUAGUCAACCUCCACCAACUUUACUCAACACAAAUAUUCCUCCGCCAGGGAUGACAAUAAAUCCAUUCACAGCACCUCCUCCAAGUUUUGAAGCAUACUACAACCCAACGACUUUACCUACAGUAGGAACAACAGCCUUUGCAGGGGCGUUCCCACCAACAUUCCCACCACCCUAUGGAGAUCCACAUCCGCCAGCAGUUACAGCCCCACAGCAGCAUUGGGAUACCAGUUACAGUCGAAUUAGGGGAGGUCAAUCUCAGUUUGGCUAUCCAGACCGUGACAGGUGGGAAUCUAGUCGUAGAGAUAGAGACAGAGAUCGAAGCCCACGCAGAGAUGAUUAUGAGGAUAGGAUGUACAGAGACAGAGAUAGAGACCGUGAUCGUGAUUGGGACAGGGGUCGCAGCAGAGACAAGGAUAGAGACAGGAGUCGGGACAGAGAAAGGGAUCGGGAGCGUGAUAGAGAAAGAGACCGAGAUAGGGACAGAGAUAGAGACAAGUCGAAAUCAAGAGACAAAGAUUCCUCCAGGAACAGAGAUCGUGAUACAUCGCGGAACAGAGAAUCUAUACGUUCAAAAGAAAGAGAUGAUAAGCACAAAUCAUCACGAAGGAAACACAGAGAGAGGGACAGAGAGGAAUCAGAUUCAGAGUCCAACAGGAGUUCAAGCAAACAAAAGAAAACCAAAAGACGUAAAGAAGAAAAAGAAGAGGAACCCUCAGCGCCAGGGACUGAAGAAGAAAAACCCAAAGAAUGAUUGCAUCUUAGAAAUGAGUUCAUCAAAUUCAACUAAAAGUAGUUCAAAAUUGUACAAUUUGAUAGUUUUGGUACAGUUGAACAAUCGGGUGAAAUUGGUUCAUUUUGUUCAGUAACCGAAUGUUUGAAAAACUAGAACAAAUGGUUCUAGUGAUCUUGCUUUUGAAUUGUGCCCGAAAUGUUUGAAACAUUUUGUGUAAGACUCUGCUAUUGAAUUAUGUUGUCAUGCUUGAAUAUACCUGAUCUGUGUAUGAAUUUUGAGUGAGAGCUUGUUUUUAUUGUCCACAUUUUAAAAUAUUUGUGUUCCUAAAGUUGAUAGCUUAUGUACAGAAACUGAUCUGAGACAAGAUAUUUGAUUGUAGAAUUUUAAACAAGUUAUUUGGCUGUAGGUAUUCCAAGUUUAGAUUGGUUGAAAAUAUUUUUGGCAUGUUUCAAUAAAAUUGUAAAGUUUUUA